AUGACUCAAACAAGUAUGUUCAGAUAUAAGUUUGGUGGCCCGGGUCUCCCCGAGUGGGAGAUGAGCGGCUAUGAGUGCGUUUACUUUGUGACAGUGCAUUUUCACGAGAGAUAUAGAUCAUAUUCCAGCGAAAAGCUCAUGCGGAGUAUGAUUCGUCGAAUUAAAGAUGGGCAGGCCGAGGUUAGCCUUAAGCCUCUCCAUCGCCUCACUCCGCGAUGUAUCUCAAUGCCAGUUUAUGGACCAUAUGACGCCCCGAGCGCCGUUAUUCUUGCAACCGCCAGAGAGGUCGCAGAGAAGCGCUUGAAUGAAAUCCACCAAGGAUUUGUUGAGAUUGACAUGGAUCUCGUUUUCGGCCUUUGA